AGCAAAAAAAAAAAAAAAAAAAAAAUCCAAAUCUAUCUUCCCAUGUGAAUAAACAUCCCCUGUGUCGUUGACAAACACACACACACACACUCAAAAAUGGCACUGAAUCUUCCUCUUCUUAAUACCCUUUUGAUACUCCUCUCUUUAUCCACCACCAUCACUACAUCUCUUCCAUCGCCGUCUCCCGUGACUAGUCACCAAGGCUCUCCUCCUUAUCUAUGGCCAUUACCGGCGGAAUUUACCUCCGGAGAAGAAACCCUCUCGGUGGAUCCUUCCCUUUCUCUGACCGUAGCUGGAAACGGCGGCGGAUCUCCGAUCCUUAGAGCUGCAUUCGACAGGUACAUGGGGAUGAUCUUCAAGCACGCUUACAAUAGAGCUUCUUCUCUCUUGACGAGAAUUAGAUUCCUGAGUAUGGUUGAGUAUGACAUCACUUCUCUCAAGAUCAUUGUUCACUCGGAUUCUGAAGAGCUUCAAUUGGGUGUGGAUGAGAGUUAUACAUUGAUGGUGUCUAAGAAGAAUGAGCUAUCUAUUGUAGCAGCUGCAACCAUUGAGGUUUGUGUCUCACUUUGCAGUCACACUUUUGAUUCUCUUCUUAUAUCUCUUUUGGCUUGUGUGUUUCAGGCUAAUACUGUUUAUGGUGCUCUUAGAGGAUUGGAGACGUUUAGCCAGUUGUGUGCUUUUGAUUACUUGACCAAAUCUGUGCAAAUAUAUAAAGCACCCUGGUUUAUUCAAGACACACCUAGAUUCCAGUACCGUGGUCUGCUAAUAGAUACAUCAAGACAUUUUCUACCAGUUGAUGUUAUCAAGCAGAUCACUGAAUCUAUGUCAUACGCUAAACUUAACGUCCUGCAUUGGCACAUUGUAGACGAGCAAUCGUUUCCUUUUGAGACUCCUACGUAUCCUAAUCUGUGGAAAGGAGCUUAUUCGAGAUGGGAGCGUUAUACAGUUGAGGAUGCCUCUGAGAUUGUCAGGUUUGCCAAAAUGAGAGGUAUUAACGUCAUGGCUGAACUAGAUGUUCCUGGCCAUGCUGAAUCAUGGGGAACUGGAUACCCUGAUCUUUGGCCCUCUCCCUCUUGCCGAGAGCCCCUUGACGUUACUAAAAACUUUACAUUCGAUGUGAUCUCUGGCAUUUUAGCAGAUAUGAGAAAGAUAUUCCCAUUUGAGUUUUUCCACUUGGGCGGUGAUGAAGUAAAUACAGAUUGCUGGAAGAACACAACUCAUGUCAAGGAAUGGCUUCAUGGUCGCAACUUCACUUCUAAGGACGCAUAUAAGUACUUUGUACUCAGAGCACAACAGAUAGCUAUAUCUAAAAACUGGACACCCGUCAACUGGGAAGAAACAUUCAGUUCGUUUGGAAAAGAUCUUGAUCCACGGACCGUGGUGCAAAACUGGCUAGUAUCUGAUAUAUGUCAAAAGGCGGUAGCAAAAGGAUUCAGAUGCAUUUUCAGUAACCAAGGAUAUUGGUACCUCGACCAUCUAGAUGUCCCAUGGGACGAGGUUUACAACACCGAGCCUCUAAAUGGAAUCCAUGAUCCUUCUCAGCAAAAGCUUGUGAUUGGUGGAGAAGUUUGCAUGUGGGGUGAAACAGCUGAUACAUCCGUUGUACUUCAGACAAUUUGGCCUAGAGCUGCAGCAGCUGCAGAACGGAUGUGGAGCACUAGAGAAGCUGUGUCAAAGGGAAACAUAACGCUAACCGCAUUGCCUCGUUUACACUACUUCAGGUGUUUACUGAAUAACCGUGGGGUUCCAGCAGCUCCAGUUGAUAACUGGUACGCACGAAGACCACCCUCUGGACCUGGCUCUUGCUAUGCUCAGUGAUUCCAAAUCGUAUCAUCUCAUUUUAAUUUGUAUUAUAUGUAAUGUCUCUUGUCUGAAAACUGGUUCUUGCAUUUGUUCUUUCUUUAUCUGUCUUCUUCUUGAUAACUCAAAAUCAAAGUAGUGUUUUGUUUUUCCUUGCAACAAUAAUCAAUCGUGAGAACAUCUGAAUUUUUCGAUGA